AAACACAAAAAGGCACUCUGAUGAAGAUGGAAGCAUCUCUUCUUAGCACAGCCAUGCUUUCCAUUGUUGCUAUCGGUUUCCUGGUGUGCUCAUGGGGAGUGCUGAACUGGGUAUGGCUGAGACCGAAGAGACUCGAGAGGUUGCUCCGGCAGCAAGGUUUUUUAGGCACUCCCUAUCGACUCUUAAUCGGAGACAUGAAAGAGAACCACCAGAUGACUAAAAGAGCAGAAUCCAAACCCACCAGCCUUACCGACAAUAUUGCUCCACACGUCAUCCCCUUCAUCCAUCAAACGGUGCAGAAAUACGGGAAGAACUGUUAUACGUGGCUUGGGCCGAGACCGAGGGUGGUAAUAUCGGAGAUGGAGCUUGUGAGAGAUAUUUUUAAUAAGUUCAACGAUUUCCAGAAGCCAAGUACAAAUCCCCUAGUUAGGCUGCUCCUAGUUGGACUCGUAAGCAAAGAGGGGAAAACAUGGGCUAAGCACAGAAGGAUUAUUAACCCAGCAUUCAAUCUUGACCGAUUGAAGGAAUAGUGAUAAUAACAACAAUAAUAAUGAAAAUAAUAUUUCCUU